AUGUGGAAAAUCAUUCCACCUCGUUCAUUUCCGUUGUUUAUCCACUCGUUUAGGAUCUCAGUCUCAGUCGCUCGUCGUUUUCAAAUGUCAUCGAAUACAGGAAACUGUCAGCGUUGUCGCUAUGGUGUUUUAGUUUGUGAUAAUCAGGAAAAAUGGGGUGGUGUACGUGGCAUAGGAAAGCGAUUUAUUGACGCCUUCGGAAGUGAGAGCGAUCCCGAUCGAGAAGAAUGGCAUAUCUUUUCCGCUGUAGAUGGCGAGCUGCCUUCGGAAAAAGAUUUGGAUACUUUUAAUGGCUUCUUCAUCUCGGGAAGUCCUCGAUCUGCCAACGAUAACCUUAAGUGGAUCAAUGAUUUGAAGAAUUUUAUCUCUUCAGCGGCUAAAAGCCCCUCGAAGGCUCGUGUCGUGGGCGUCUGUUUCGGUCAUCAACUCAUUGGUGCCGCUCUUGGAGGUGAAGUAACCCCUAAUCCAUCGAAGAAAUUCGUUUUACAGAGCGAGGAGAUCAAACCGGUGGAAGAUUUUCAAGGAAAUGAAGCUUUCAGAGAGCUUAUCGAGUGCCGUGAUUCUCUACGACUGCUUGAGUGUCAUGGAGAUUGCGUUGCGUCCCUCCCCCCUGGGGCUACAAGUUUGGCGAGCUCUACAACCUGCCAACACGAAAUGAUUCAGUUUGCAGAAAAUAUAUUUGGAAUUCAAGCUCAUCCAGAAUUUACUGUGCAAGAUUACAAAGAAUUGUUAAUUCCCGAUUUAGUAGCUGGAGGAAAGUUAGACGAAAAUGGUCAAAGAGUUUGUGAAGAAACCAUUAGUUUGCCUUUGGACUCAGCAAGGAUGGCGGCUGCACUCAAGAAAUUUGUCGCCAAAGAAGACAAUUAA